UCAUAUAUGUUCUGAUAUGUUGAGGUUGCAUGCUGAAUCUGGUUUUGGCCUUUAAAUGCUUGCAACUUUUGCUCAAGGACCUAUAUCUAACCAAAGUACCAGGAAAUUCUCUUUUGUGUUGGGUUUCUUUUGCUCAAUACUGGAUAUGGUGCCAAUUGUCAGGUUCUUUUUCGGUACUUCUACAACCAGUUCUUAUGCUCUAACUGUAACGCCCUAGUUUCAUAUUUGUUAAAUUAUAAUGUUUUUAUGCCUUAAAUACAAAUAUUAUGAGUAAUUUAAGUACUCUAAAGAGGUGCCAACUGCUGUAGCAUUUAUUAAUCUAUCACAUUUAUAAGGCAAGUAGCUUACAAGGAAAAGCUUGAGAAAUCAAGCCUAAGGGGAUGAGAUGUAAAAGCUAGAAGUGUGUUGGUAAGCUAUGUGAUGAUUAAGCAAGACUAGUAAGCAUGACUAAGUAAGCUAGUAGUGAGUUGUAAAGGCUAAAAGCAUGAGUUGGCAAGAUUAUUUGAUUACAAGGCAAGUCUAAGAAGCAUGAUAAAGAAAUACUAGAAGCAUGAGAUGUCAAGAUUCUCUUCCUAGAAGCAUGAGGUGUCAAGAUUCUCUUAUCCUUAAGUAGGAGGUGUAAAACUCUCAUAAGAGUACAUGUUUGAGAGCAAAAAAAACAAGUUGUUGAUGCAAUGAAUCACCUAUAAAUAGUGGUUGAAGUGUUACCAUUAGUUCCAUACAAAAAUAAGAAAUCUCUCUCUUUAUACUAAUCAAGCUUGAAGAAAGGAAUUAAGGAAAAGUUAGGCAUAAUCAAGAGUUACCCCAGUAUUUGUAUAAUGGAGGGUUUUGCCGUGAUGGAGGAACUAUUGGAAUCACUCAACCAAGACGUGUUGCUGCAGUGACUGUUGCAAAACGUGUAGCUGAAGAGUGUGGUGUUGAGUUGGGCCAAAAAGUUGGGUACUCCAUCAGGUUUGAGGAUAUGACGUCCAUCUCGACAAGGAUUAAGUACAUGACGGACGGACUGCUGUUGAGGGAAGCGCUUUUGGACCCCUACCUCUCAAGGUACUCUGUCAUUAUUGUUGAUGAAGCUCAUGAAAGGACCGUCCAGACUGAUGUGUUGCUAGGUUUGCUGAAAGGUGUACAAAAGAAGAGAUCUCAGAGUUCUAAUAAUGAUCAUGUGAAGGCCAAUAAUGGUACACUGAUGAAGGAAGAAAAUAAUGGUCAAGCUCCACAUCUAGGCAGAAGAUUAAAUCCAUUGAAGUUAAUCAUCAUGUCUGCUAGUUUGGAUGCACGAGGGUUCUCCGAGUAUUUUGGUGGUGCAAAAGCUGUCCAUGUUCAGGGGCGACAAUUUCCUGUGGAUAUUCUGUACACUGCUCAACCUGAGACGGAUUGUUUGGAUGCAGCUUUGGUUAGCAUAUUUCAGAUACAUUUGGAGGAAGGACCAGGUGAUAUACUUGUAUUCUUGUCUGGUCAAGAAGAGAUUGAAUCUAUCGAGGGUCUUGUGCGUGAGAAUCUUAAGAAAUUACCUGAAGCCUGUCAGAAACUCCUAAUCUUGCCACUGUUUUCUUCUCUUCCAUCAGAGAAGCAACUGAAAGUUUUCACACCUGCUCCAGUUGAAUUCAGAAAGGUGAUUCUGGCGACUAACAUUGCUGAAACGUCUGUGACAAUACCUGGAAUUAAGUAUGUUAUUGAUCCUGGAUUGGUGAAAGUGCGCAGUUACUCUCCUGACAGUGGCAUAGAAUCUCUGAUCGUUGUUAAAACUUCAAAAGCUCAAGCUCUUCAAAGAAGUGGACGUGCUGGGCGUGAAGGACCUGGAAAAUGUUAUCGUCUUUAUCCAGAAAGCAGGUUCGAGGGACUUGACGAUUCCACAGUGCCUGAGAUCAAAAGAUGCAACCUUUCAAAUGUUAUUUUGCAGCUUAGUGCUCUUGGUGUUGAUGAUAUUAUUGGGUUUGACUUCAUGGAGAAACCUGAUAGGAUGGCUGUCAUCAGAUCACUGGAAUUGUUGUACUUGCUAGGGGCUUUGACAGACGAAAAGAAAUUGUCAGAUCCAAUUGGGCACCAAAUGGCUCGUCUUCCAUUAGAACCAAAUGAUUCAAAGGCUCUUAUCUUAGCCAGUCAGUUCGAUUGCUUGGAAGAAAUGUUAAUAGUUGUUGCAAUGCUAUCAGUGGAAUCCAUCUUUUAUGCUCCUCGUGAGAAGUUAGAAGAGUCAAGGACCGUCAUUAAAUCCUUCUCAAGCCCAGAGGGAGACCAUCUCACUUUGCUUAACGUCUAUCGUGCUUCUCUUGAGUUUUUGGAGAAGAACAAGACAGAGAAUGGUAAAGAAAAGGCUGAGAAGAAUUUGAGGAAAUGGUGCAAGGACAACUUCAUUAAUAGUCGUUCCUUAAAGCACGCUCGUGACAUUUACAAUCAAAUUCGGGAAAAUGUUGAACGAAUGGGACUUAAGAUUGCUUCAUGUGGAGAUGAUACGUUUCAGCUCCGCAGAUGCCUUGCUGCUUCUUAUUUCCUCAAUGCAGCGCUAAAGCAACCUGAUGGUACAUACAGGGUUUUGGCGAAUGGUCAGAUUGCUGAGAUUCACCCAACUUCAGUUCUACGGCGUACAAAGUCAGAGUGCAUAAUUUUCUACAAUCUAGUUCAAACUACACGGAAUUAUGUGCGCAAUGUUACUAGAAUUGAUUAUUUGUGGUUAGCUGAGCUGGCUCCUCAAUGUUAUGCCUUGAAGGAGUAGAGGUUUCGGUAUACUAUACAUUUCUCGUUACUUGGCAAUAUGGUCGAAGAUGGUGAUGUGAUUCUUGAUCGAAACGAGUCGAGGAAGAUGAUCACAGAAAAGCAAGUGGUUGAAGUUUGUAAAAUUAUCAACAACAGAAUUGUAGUUAUUAUUAUGGGUUUGUUUGAUGUUAAGAAUUAAGGCUGGGAAAAUGGUAUACACAGUUGGGAGGAGAUGUUUUUAUUAGACUACAGGAUUAGUUAUAUUAUUGUCACUUAG